UUUGUGGUAUUCAGGUAUGGCAGAUCCCGGACGGCGGUCUUUCGCGCACCUUGACCGACCCGGUGGUAGACCUGGUGUUCCAUCAGCGGCGCGUGGGGCUAGUGCUAUGGCACCCCACGGCGCAAAACGUGCUGCUCACCGCCGGAUCCGACAAUCAGAUGGCAAUAUGGAAUGUAGGUACCGGCGAAGUGUUAAUAACACUGGACUGCCACCCCGACCUGAUCUACUCCGCGUGCUGGAACUGGACGGGCACCAAGCUGCUGACGACGUGUCGCGACAAGAAGAUCCGCAUCAUCGACCCUCGGAAGGGGGAGGUCGAGGCGGAGGCCAUCGCUCACGAAGGCAGCAAAGCUAGCCGAGCCAUCUUCUUGAAACAUGGACUCGUAUUUACAACCGGGUUCAGCCGCAUGUCGGAGCGGCAGUACACGCUGCGCACGCCCGACGCGCUGAACGAGCCCAUCGUCACGGUGGAGAUCGACACCAGCAACGGCGUCAUGUUCCCGCUCUACGACCCCGACACCAACCUCAUCUUCCUCUGCGGGAAGGGGGACUCCGUCAUCAGAUACUUCGAGGUGACACCAGAGCCGCCUUUCGUCCAUUAUAUCAACACCUUCCAAACGCCAGACCCUCAGAGAGGUAUUGGUAUGAUGCCGAAGCGAGGGUGCGACGUGGCGACCUGCGAAAUUGCAAAAUUCUACCGGCUCAACAACUCUGGACUUUGUCAGGUGGUGUCAAUGACGGUGCCGCGCAAGUCGGAGCUGUUCCAAGAGGACCUGUACCCGGACACGCUGAGCGACGAGGCGGCGCUCACGGCCGACGAGUGGCUGGCCGGGGAGGACGCCGAACCCUGCACCAUGUCGCUCAAGGUACGCUGGCCGCCCGCAACGAGGCACGCGCCGCCAGAUUCGCCGGAGCCGGGAAAUCUGGAACAUACAGGCGUCGUACAAGGCAGCCUUUACGGUUCUUCUCAUAUUACCUGAGCCCCACGCUAAGGCGGGAGAACUAAAAAUCCAGAACGCUCCAUCCUAAUGCCAACGAUAUAACUAC